AGGCUACUCUGGAAUCCUCGUGAACUCGAAGGUUGGAGAUGACAUUUGUCUAAAUUUUUCCACAAUUGGAAAAGAUAUAACACAUUUUAUUGUAAGAAAUAGAACAGCGUUGUGUUAUCGUGUGUCUAGCAUUGUUUAUCCAAUUCCAAACGGAUGGCCGAACAGAACCUUUAGCUGUAAUGCAUCAGGCGAACAAAUGUCUAUUUGUAUUACCAACUUACAGAAGGAAGAUGCCGGGCGGUUCUCUUUGAGGAUUGGUGUUGAUGAUUACAGGGAAAACGUGACACUCUCUGUUACUAACAGAUCCUCGCCUUUAGUGUAUAUAGAAAAAGGGGGAGAAGGUUGUAUUUCAUUUCCCCAAGCCGAAAUAAGAACAACUGAUAGAGAUAUAUUACGAGAGGAGAGAGUACUCUGCAUGCAGUUUAGUGGAAGUAUAGAAAUAGGUCUUAUGCUUAAAGGUGCCUGGAAUAGAUCUUUUUCCUGUCAAUCAAAUACUUCACAUGUUUCUGUAUGCAUCACCAACGCUAGUAAGGAGGAUGAAGGGAUAUUUACUUACACGCUUUUAUCAGUUCCAAUAGAUAACAGAACUCUCAUAAUAACGAGUCCAAAACUUAUAAUUACCCCCAAAUCACCUGCCACUGUGAAGGAGGGACAAUCUUUAGCGCUGACUUGUCACUCCACAGAUUCAGGUGGAAUUUAUAUGUUCUUUACAUUGGACAACAAGGGGAACCGUAUCAUAUUUGGUAUCGGUGGUGGGUCAUUCAAAGCAUGUUCAAAUGAAACUCAAUUGGCGUUUAUAGAGUGUAGUUUUGGAGAUCCUUGGUUGUUUAAUCUGACACUGUUAAAGCCCAUUCACAACCAGGAAGUCUACUGCAGUCGGCAAGUAGGACAGGAGGGAUGGAACACCAGUACAAUAAUCCAAGUACAAAGAUUAGCAACAUUGUCAGUAAUACCGGCAUCUGAUGUUAUUCUCAACCAGACAAUAUCUCUUGAAUGUUUCUACGCAAAUGGUCAACCGGGAGCUGCCUUCAGUUAUGGAAAAAGAUUUUGUAUGUUUGAAUAUUCUUCGUGUACAGGAUGUCAGUUAUUUGCUUCAUUAGAGUGUCCAAACAACCAGACCUACAGGAUAUCAUUAACUGUUGAUUCUUCUUGGCACAAAAUAACCAUGUAUUGUGAACCGCCAUCCGUACAAAGCAAUACCAUAAUCAUUAAUGUCACAAUACCUGUGUCUGGUUUGGUCUUGACCCCGUCUCAAUUAACAGUCAACAGAGGUGAGACGAUAACUCUAACCUGUCAAACAGACUACUGUAACCCAUCAGCCAAGAUCACGUGGUUUAAAGCAACUUCUGACGUCACCAGUCAGGCCACGCCCACAGAAGAUAAAAAUCAAGAAGACCUGGUGAGAACGACCUCAGUAUUGCGGUUUACUGGCGUGAUAGGAGAUAAUGGUCAACAAGUGUAUUGUAUAGCGAGCAACACUCAGGGACGUAGUGUAGAAUCCAACAGAUAUACCAUAGACGUGAAAUAUAUUUCAGAUGUAAAAAUCUUACCAGGCAGUAUGUUGAGGGUAGUAACUGAGCAAAGCAAUGUUUGGAUAUACUGUUAUACUGAAAAUCCAGAAGACCAUGCUAAGUACAGCUGGACUAAGAUAAAUUCUAAUAAUUCCACUGUAGUGACCACAGGUCAACUUUACGUUAUACAGACCGCCACCAUUGAGGAUGGGGGUACAUAUACCUGUACAGCUUCAAACUCUGUUGGGAACUCCAGUGGUUCUGUUGAUGUAACUGUACAAUAUACACCACUUGCGUCGGUAUUGGUACAUGUUGAUUGUAGGUCUACAGAAGCCUACAUUUUAUGGACGUCGCCCUUCACAAACUCUAUUGGUAACAUACACCAUACUCUUCAGCUCAGCGAAAAUAAAAACUUGUUUGUAAAUGCAUCUUUUGAAAAAAUGAAUAUAACAGAUGAUAUAGAAAUAAACACGUAUAAAGUUACCAACCUGAAGCCUGGAUCGGUAUAUAUAUUUAGAGUUUUGACCUCAAACCACUACGGCAUCGCUCUGUCCAAUAACCACUCAUGUGUAACAGACCCAGAAAGGAUGGAGGAUACAAGUAAGGGAUGUCCUACAGAGCAGAUAAUUGGAGGGACGUUAGGUGGCGCUGUAUUUACCACUAUUCUGCUGAUCGUUGCCUAUGCUUUAUGCAAAUGCAGAAAAGAAAGAAAAAAUGAAGACAGAAAUAAAGAGACCCUGGGCAGGUAAUAAUUUAAGAAGUCUUUUAAUUCCAUGAAGAAUUGUUAUUUCAUGUCUUAUUCCUAAAACAGUAAUC